AUGAUUUCAAAAGCAUGUGAAGAAGGACUUUGGAAGAAGACAACUACUGUACAUUUUCGAGAUGAUGGUGAUGAGUUUGAUGAAAGGAAUGUACUUCAUGUAGCAAGUAAUAAAGGAAAUCUCAAACUUGUCAAAUCUCUCAUUGAAUGCGGCUGUGAUAAAGGUACAAAGAGUUCACGUGGCUUGACUCCACUCAAUUAUGCAUCGUUUAUUGGCCAUAUUGAAAUUGUUAAAUAUCUUAUCUCUGUUGGAGCUGAUAUAGAAGCAAAGGAUAUUGAAGGAGAUACUUCACUCAUUUAUGCAUCAAGAAAUGGUCAUCUUGAAGUUGUUCAAUAUUUAAUCGCUAUUGGUGCUAAUAAAGAAGCAAAGGAUAAUGAUGGAUGUACUCCACUCGAUUAUGCAUCAAGUAAUGGUCGUCUUGAAGUUGUUAAAUAUCUUAUCUCUGUUGGAGCUGAUAAAGAAGCAAAGAAUAAUAAUGGAUCUACUCCACUCAUUUCUGCAUCAGCUAAUGGUCAUCUUGAAGUUGUUAAAUAUCUUAUCUCUAAUGGAGCUGAUAAAGAAGCAAAGGAUAAUGCUGGAUCUACUCCACUCAUUUGGGCAUCAAAAGAAGGUCAUCUUGAAGUUGUUAAAUAUCUUAUCUCUAAUGGAGCUGAUAAAGAAGCAAAGGAUAAUGCUGGAUCUACUCCACUCGAUUAUGCAUCAAGAAAUGGUCAUCUUGAAGUUGUUCAAUAUCUUAUCUCUGUUGGAGCUAACAAAGAAGCAAAGGAUAAAUAUGAAUAUACUCCACUCAUUUCUGCAUCAGAUAAUGGUCAUCUUGAAGUUGUUCAAUAUCUUAUCUCUAAUGGAGCUGAUAAAGAAGCAAAGAAUAAUAAUGGAUGGACUCCACUCAUUUGGGCAUCAAGAUAUGGUCAUCUUGAAGUUGUUCAAUAUUUAAUCUCUAAUGGAGCUGAUAAAGAAGCAAAGGAUAAAUAUGGAUAUACUCCACUCAUUUUUGCAUCAGUUACCGGUCAUCUUGAAGUUGUUCAAUAUCUUAUCUCUAAUGGAGCUAACAAAGAAGCAAAGGAUAAUGAUGGAUGGACUCCACUCAUUUGGGCAUCAAGAUAUGGUCAUCUUGAUGUUGUUAAAUAUCUUAUCUCUAAUGGAGCUGAUAAAGAAGCAAAGAAUAAUAAUGGAUCUACUCCACUCAUUUGUGCAUCAGAAGAAGGUCAUCUUGAAGUUGUUCAAUAUCUUAUCUCUAAUGGAGCUGAUAAAGAAGCAAAGAAUAAUGAUGGAAAAACGGCAUUAGAUCUUGCAACAGACAAU